AUGACUCGGUACGGGGGCCUGGGCCGGACGCGCCCCAAGAAGCUUACUUCCAAGGCCUCCAUUCCCAUCGUCCGUGAGGAGGAAAUCGAUGCCCUAGAUGAGGAUGUCCAAAAUCAUCAGCAGAUCGAGACAGGUGUCGAAAAGGCUGAGGAAUCGGAAUUCCACUUACAAGUCGCGAUCAACCUCACUGCGCAGGGUAAAGUCAACGAUGCGCACAUUCCUACCCCCGAAACCAUCCUCAGUAACCUACGAUAUGACGAACUUUACCCGCCGCUCUUUUCGCAGCCUGCGACCUACAUCCGCUCCUCGGCUACGGUCGAGGACUGCUGUGGAUGUCCAUAUAACAUGACCGAGGAGGACGAUGUCUUCCUCAAGAUAUUGAACCAGAAGCGCGGCGCAUCGAGCCCCUGCACUGAGGAUAAUUUCGAGGCUACCAUGAACUUUUUCGAGGAGACGGCGAAGGCUAAGCAGCCCUUUGCAGCAGUUGACAACCCACCGGUACUGUCCUUCGAAGAGAUGGAGGAGGCGAUGGAUUCUACCGUAGAGGAAGCUGUAAAGCACUUUGCCAAGCACAUCUACCCACACUGGAAGUCACGUCGAACCGCGGAGGGGAACAAUUCCCUGGAACCCAGCCUCAAGUUUGAAACUGGUCAAGACACCGACGAUAGCGAUCCAUACGUCUGUUUCCGCCGACGUGAAGUGCGACAGAUUCGUAAGACUCGUGGUCGUGAUGCCCAAAGUGCUGAGAAGCUGCGCCGACUGCGUAAGGAGCUUGAAGAUGCUCGGCAGAUGGUCGCAUUGGUGCGUCAACGCGAGGUGGCACGGAAGGAGAUGUUGUCAAUGGAGCGGACCCUCUUCUUGCAGCGAGCCGAAGUCAAGGAGAUGAAGCGCAAGCUGAACAUCAAGGACGACGAUGAGGAUCUCAUCAACCAGAAGCCCAAGAAGAAGCUGGAGAUUCCUCCUGGUCAACGUCCAAGUGUACCUCAACUUCGUUUGCCGCUCAAAGGAGGUGUCAACGGCGCAGAGGACUUGCAGUUGCUGGAAGAUGUUCAAGCCGAGAAGGAGAACGAGAUCUUGCGCGAUAUCAAGGCGAACAUCACCAAGCAUAUCAAGUGGAACGAGGGUUAUGUAGAUCAUACCCGAGCGCCACUUUCUCCCCCUCCCGAAAGAACAUUCGAUGCAGCAGCAUUCCGUCCAGCUUUCACCGCACAACUACCCACACCGCCAUCAUCAGAGUCGUCUGGCGACUUGGACACAAUAGACGUCACCAGCCCACUGUUCUCUCGGGAUAAACUUGCUUCCCGGGCAAUGGAGAUGCACGAUGAGCCGCAUCGAAUGCCGUCAUUCCGUAGACGUGUCGGACGAGGUGGUCGACUAAUGAUUGACCGCCGGAACUUCGCAGCGCGCUGUAAGCUUGAGAUGGACCCCGUCAAAGCUGAUCGAUUCAAGUUCGACCAAGAAGACUCCGAUGAGGAGCCUGUCCAUGAGAUAGACGGGUAUAGCAUUCAGAUCAUGCAGCACCGAGCCAUCACCAUGGCCAAGGCCCGUGAACAGGCCGCAGUGGCUGCCCAAGCUCAUGCGCAGGCGCAAGCUCAGGCAGUCCAGGCGCAGGCCCAGCAGCGGCGACUGCAAGGCGAUCAAUCUGGGAACCCGGGAGCACCCCCUGCACCCAGUGUCGUGACUGCAUCGUCAGAGGCCUGA